AUUCAUUCGGUGUAUAACGAUAUUUGACACCGGCAGGCAAUCCACAUUUAUCGAGUUAAAAACUUCCGUGUUAAGGUUUGGACAUUAAUUUAAGCAACAUGGAUGCAUGGUUUAACACGGCAUACUGGUGGAUAUUUUGGAUUAUCUUUCGAACAGUAACGUCUCAGAACCCAAAUCUAGUGGCAGACAAUGUGAUGGUUACUGAAAACAGUUCACUGACCCUAACGUGUAUCCUUCCGAGAGCAGUGGUCCCAACAGCUUGGUUACGACAUGGACUUAUGGGCAGUAUUCUAUGGACAGGGUUUAAAGACGGCAAGUGUAUAUCGGAUCCAUCGCCAUUACCUGAAGGAUUCGCCUACGCAUGCGUCAAUGCUACUUUGACAACGCUGACUAUCUUGCGCGUAAACCGUUCGCAUGAUGGAGACAGGUGGCAGUGCAGCGUUAACACGGAUGGCGGAGUUUCGACAUUCAGCAACAAUAUCACCAUAAAUGUUCAAGUUCCAAUAGGUCACCUCCAACUAUCCCCAACUUUUGAUCCGGUAUCGCUAAUUGUAAAUCAACCUACGACAUUCAAAUGCACAAGUGACUUCGGAAGGCCAAAUCCGUCCAUUUACUGGUUCAAGGACAACACUACAGAUGAUGUCGCUGAUGAUAUCAAUAUAACAGCUUUCUCGUCGACAUCAACAACAGGCCUAAAUAUAACAAUAAGCACUCUGACAUUUACCCCUUUGAAAUCCGACCUUGGAAUGCGGCUAUACUGUAGCGGUAAUAACGGUGGACCAUCUGUGACUUCGAAUAUUAAGCCAUUGAUAAAUUUACUGUAUGGACCAACAAUUCCAGUAUUUCACUUCAACGGAACGAAUGUAGAUGUUGCUUUACACGCUCUUUCCGGAACACAAUUCGUUCUUCGAUGUACCAGUAACGGCAAUCCUCACCCAUCAUUUACAUGGACAUAUUCGGGAGGCUCAGCUAUUGGCGAGGAACUUGUUAUUCCUGAGAUUAAACCUUUACAUGAAGGGAAUGUCACAUGCUUAGCAAGGAACGUGAUGUUGUCGUCAUCAGGUGAAACACUAACAACACAUCAGGCGGCUGCAGUUUUCCUUCAUAUUGAUGUUCCAAUAACGCAGGUUGCACUUGUUGGGUCAAAUGCUCAGAAUGCUGUCCUGAAGGAAAACGAUACAUCGACCUUUGAAUGUCAGAGCUCGCCAGGAAAACCUCCUGCAAUAAUUCACUGGUACAAGGACGGUGGGACAAAAGAAAUCAUCGAAGAUGACAUUACACUUUAUGAGUAUAACACUACAGCAAUGGCAGAAUUCUCCGUCAAGAGCGUUUUGAAAUAUCAAGCAAAGAGACUAGAUAAUGAAAUGAGUAUAUACUGCACGGCUUCCAAUGUUGGACCAGUGUUUACCUCUCCUCAGCGAUCGAAACUGAUCAUAGUGUCAUUACCGGUUAUCCCAGAGGAACUUGCCAAAACAAAUAUUGGAGCGAAUUCAGUAACAUUAUCGUGGAAGUAUGACUCCGGAAAUCAUAUAUUUCCCAGAUUUAUAAUUGGUAUGAAAGAGUCUGAUUCUGGAUGGACGGAACGCCUUUUACUGGACAUAUCCACAAAUUCAACGAGACUAUCUACUACACUGACAAUGCUGAAUUCUUCAUCUGUUUACUCAGUACGUAUGUAUGCUGAGAAUUCUCUAGGUCGAAGCGCUCCAUCACCCGUGGUAUCAUUCACAACACUAUCGUCCUCGAUGACAGAUUCAAGUCAGUCGUUACAUUCAGCACAAUCUACCCAUGUGGAACCUAUUAUUGGAAGUAUUUGCGGAGGAACUGCACUGGGGAUUUUAUUGGGAACUGUUGGGACCUGGUUUGUUUUCGUUCGUAAAAACAGGCAAAAAAAGGGCGGAUGCUCCGCAUGUUGCAUUUCAGAUAAAACCAACACAUACGAAGCUAAAAUCAGCUCAACCGGUGACGCAACGUACUCUUCCAUCGAUGCCGCUUCUCCAGUACAAAGGGAACAUUACUAUGACGAUACCGUAGCUGGUAGAGCACAAGUACCAUCCAAUCCAGUGGAGCUGGAAGGACAGAACGUUAUUGUAACAUCGUACGAAAACAUCGAUUCAGGGAAACUACACAGGGACCAUGGCUCGACAACAUUGAGGACAGCAAAUGUGAUGUUGUAUGAGUCACUUAACCAAGAAGGGCGGCAUCAGGAAGCCUACGAAAUGAUCACGACUUCUUAGCAGUACAUCGCGCAUUUAAGUCAGAGAAGAUCGAUACAAUUUGUAAAGUGUUGUCCCAAUUAUCUUCAUCAAGUUUAAAAUGUUACACAAACUGCGAUGAAAAUAUGUCGUGUAUGUACUUAUUUGUAAUUGUGUUGGGCAUUUUUCUUUUGAAGAGGUGAUCCCAGUUUUAAAUGUUAUAUUAGCUUAACUUAGUUCACUAUGCUCGUGGUGCCUAUGAUGAGCUCUACUGUAAUGUCAAUCGGUCGACCAUUCCAGGCCUGGCCUGAGAUGAUAUGUGUUUUAUCUACAUUUUAAAAUUUUGGCAAUAGUCACACUAUUUCAUUUUAGUAUCUUAAAAUUAUUUGUUUUAAGGCAGUUUUUUUAAUCUUAUAAAUCAAAGUUAAGAUUAGCACUUUCAGUUAACUGUACAGUUGUUGCAUUUUUGAAUGCAUUAUGUUUAUUCUCUCUUCAGUAAUUUAGUAAUCAUGUUGUUUAAAUGUCAGAAACAUCUACAUAUAUCAAGAUGAAAACAUUUAUAUUGCAUACAUAGGUUAAUUGGUAGUUAAUCCACCAAUACACUAGGUUACCAACAAGACAAUUGAAUCAACACAUACUCAUUCUCAACUAAAGUGGUCAACCACUGGCUUUGUCACUGAAUAAAACGUAAUUCAUCAUAGCUCAAUAAACCCUCUACUGCCAUUACUUACUUAUACUCUACAGCCACACAUCUACUCACACUCACUCACUCACUCAUUCACUCGUAUUCAUACCACCUACCUAAGCCCCACUCAUACAACUCUUAUUCACACAAUCACACUCACUCAUACACUCACGUAAUACAUCUACUAUCUUUUACCAAAAAUGUGUUCUCCGUAUUAUAUAGACUAUAUUUUGUUUAGUCUCUUAUAAUUCAAAGUUGAAUGGCCAUUUACAGAUGUUGUUAUUCAUGUGUUUUUAUAUCUUGUAUAAACUAUGUUGUACAUGUAAAUGAAUGAGACUAGAAAAAAUAAAUCCAUCCCAAAUUACUGUAAAUAAACUGCUCAGAGCAAUACUAUUUAAUUUAAAAUGCAUCACGAUCGUGAUUUUAUUGGAAAAGAACGGUAAUGUAAACGCAUUUGCUUUUCAAAUAAUGUUUAAGUGAACCGAAUAAAUAGCAUUAUGGGAAUACUUUUCUUGGCAACUAGCACAGAUAAUACACAUUUCUCGGGAAAAGUUAUAAAGUGGGUAAGCGUGUCGUUAAAUGGAUUUAGUUGGAUGGCUGAAACAGUGUCAUUGAUCCAAUAUAUUAUUUUAGAUUUCUGAUUUUUUGUGUCAGUGAUAUUAUAAUUGUAUAAGUAUAAUUAGUAUUAUUUGUAUUAAUUUCAUUAAUUAUUUAAAGUACAUUAAUUUGUUAUGAAUAUAAACUAAUAAAACUC